AUGAGCAACGCAACCAACACACCCCAACCCCAAGGCCUAAUAACAUCCUCACCCCACACCCUCCAGAACUUCGACCUAACCGCACCCAUCCUCCGCUUCGACUUCCCCACGCCCGCCGCCCAAGCCACCUUCCACCGCGCCUUCCUCCAAGUCCGCAACGAAAAGGACAAAGCAGCUUUUAUGCAACGUUUCUUCGAUAACUACGACGGCCAAGUCUCCAUACCUCGGCGCGUCAUCAUGGACACGAGCCGAGAUGAAGAAGUCGCGAGGAGGCUGCAGGAGAGUCUGCCGGUGGAGGUAGAUACGGGGAGGGAUGAGCACAUGGCGAGACAGCUGCAGGAGCAGAUGGAGCAGAUGACCAGGGGUGGUUUCGGACGAGCUGGUAGAGGGCCGGCUAAUGGAGGACAUGGUCGGAUGAAUGGACGAAACGACAGCACAAACGGUAGAGGAUAUGGUGGUGGAAGCAGAGGCGUACCGGUGAACGACGAAGACGAAGCCUAUCGCGCAAGGAGACGGAUCGAGCGCCAGAGGGAGAUGCAGGAAUGGCAGACCGCAGCGCAAGGAUGGACAACCGCGGCCGACGGAGCCUACGUUGACACGAUGGAAAGGCUAAGACACCAGUUUAGACGAGCGGGCCUUCAAGACCCUGGUGCGUAUCCUGGACAGCCUGGAUAUGGUCAUGGGCCUCCUCGACGAAAUCCUCGCCUGCCGUCUCGUCGCCCUGAGAACCAAGGAAAUGAGUUCGAGGGCUAUCGUGGCAAUGGUGGGCAGGGUUCUCCGGGAUAUGGUCAAGGUAACGGAGGGUAUGGCUACGGCUACGACCCGCGCCGGGAUCACUGGGGUCAUCGAGAUGGAGGCUAUUAG